GCCCUUCCGAGGGACCCUGGGAGCCCCUGCGACCCUUUUUGCCAGCAUCAGAGCAAUUGCUAGACUUGAACUAUCUAUCCCGAGCGGGGUUCUGUGCUCUGCUCCAAAACAAUAGCCCCCCUAUUGCACCGAGCUCGGGUGCAAAGAGCAAACCUCCCUGGUGCGUCCCGAAGGCGCACGGCGGGCGGCGAGAUGGGUGCGUUGGAACAGACGUCCACGCUGCUGUUGGUAACGGCGGCCGCCUGGCUGCUGCCGCUGCUGGGGCCCGCGGUGCAAGGGAGCCCCGUGGAAGAGGAGGAAGAGUUGGUGCUCCCGACGCUCGAGAGAUCCCCAGACUCCGGGAUCACGCGUCUCCACCUGGACGCCUUCGGUCUCCAAUUGCGCUUAGAACUGCAGCUCGAUCUCGGCUUCCUGGCGCCCGGCUUCAAGCUCCAAACCGUGGGGCGCAGACCCGGGUCCAACGUGUCGGAUCUCGACCUGGCCGGGGACCUGAGACGCUGUUUCUACUCGGGCACGGUGAACGGAGACCCCAAUUCGGCCGCGGCUCUCAGCCUCUGCGAAGGCGUGCGCGGCGCUUUCUUCCUGCAAGGCGACGAGUACUCCAUCCAGCCCGCGCCUGCAGCUCCUAGCGUGCGCCUGGUUCCCGCCACCGGGACCACCACCACCACCGCCAGCCCCGAGGAGUACCCCCGCUUCCAUCUCCUGCGUCGGAAGCGCCUGGAUGGCGGUGGUGCCAAGUGCGGGGUCGUGGACGAAGAGAUCGAGCUCCCGGGGGCCGCCGGGCAGAAAGGCCAGGACCCCAAGAUUCGGUGGGCACCCAGAAAUCGGGCACCAGCGCACGCCGGGCAAGCCACAGGAACCGGAAGCAUCAGGAAGAAGCGAUUUGUAUCCAGUCCCCGCUAUGUGGAAACCAUGCUGGUGGCCGACCAGUCGAUGGCAGAGUUCCACGGCAGUGGCCUCAGGCACUACCUUCUCACCUUAUUCUCUGUAGCUGCCAGGUUGUACAAACACCCCAGCAUCCGCAAUUCCAUCAGCCUGGUGGUGGUGAAGAUCCUGGUCAUCUAUGAAGAACAAAAGGGGCCUGAAGUCACUUCCAACGCUGCCCUCACCCUGCGCAACUUUUGCAACUGGCAGAAACAGCACAACCCUCCCAGUGAUCGGGACCCCGAGCACUAUGACACGACUAUUCUGUUUACCAGACAGGACCUGUGUGGAGCCCAGACAUGUGACACUCUGGGCAUGGCUGAUGUAGGUACUGUGUGUGAUCCCACUCGGAGCUGCUCAGUUAUUGAAGAUGAUGGUUUACAGGCUGCCUUCACCACAGCACAUGAAUUAGGCCACGUGUUUAACAUGCCCCACGAUGAUGCCAAGCAGUGUGCCAACAUCAAUGGAGUGAACCCUGACGCACACAUGAUGGCCUCAAUGCUUUCCAAUCUGGACCGGAACCAGCCUUGGUCUCCUUGUAGCGCUGCUAUGAUCACCUCCUUUAUGGAUAACGGCCAUGGUGAAUGUUUGAUGGACAAGCCCCAAAAUCCCAUGCAGUUUCCUUCUGAUCUUCCUGGGACUUUGUAUGAUGCCAACCGGCAGUGCCAGUUUACAUUUGGAGAUGAGUCCAAGCACUGCCCAGAUGCAGAAAGUGUGUGCACAACCCUGUGGUGCACAGGCACUUCUGGCGGGUUGCUGGUCUGCCAGACCAAACACUUCCCUUGGGCAGAUGGCACCAGCUGUGGAGACGGGAAAUGGUGCCUCAAUGGCAACUGUGUGAACAAGACUGACAUGAAACGAUUUGAGACUCCUGUGCAUGGAAGUUGGGGGUCGUGGGGGCCCUGGGGAGACUGUUCGAGAACGUGUGGGGGUGGAGUUCAGUAUACAGUGCGUGAGUGUGACCACCCAGUACCCAAGAACGGAGGCAAAUACUGCGAAGGCAAACGCAUGCGCUAUCGAUCCUGCAACAUCGAAGACUGCCCUGAUAACAACGGAAAAACCUUUAGAGAAGAGCAGUGUGAGGCACACAAUGAAUUCUCCAAAACAACCUUUGGGAGUGGGCCACCGUUGGAGUUGACCCCCAAAUAUGCUGGUGUCUCCCCAAAGGACAGAUGCAAGCUGACCUGCCAGGCCAAAGGCAUUGGCUUCUUCUUCGUUCAGCCCAAGGUGAUCGAUGGCACUCCAUGCAGCCCCGAUUCCACCUCUGUCUGUGUGCAAGGACAGUGUGUCAAAGCUGGUUGUGAUCGCAUCAUUGACUCCAAAAAGAAAUUUGAUAAAUGUGGUAUUUGUGGAGGAAAUGGAUCGACGUGCAAGAAAAUAUCAGGCUCCGUUAUUAGCACAAAACCUGGCUAUCAUGACAUUGUCACAAUUCCAUCCGGAGCCACUAAUAUUGAAGUGAAACAGCGGAACCAGCGGGGAACCAGAAAUAACGGGAGCUAUCUGGCUAUCCGGGCUGCAGAUGGCACCUACAUCUUGAAUGGCGACUUCACCUUGUCCACACUGGAGCAAGACAUUACCUACAAAGGUACCGUCUUGAGAUACAGCGGCUCCUCUGCGGCCUUAGAAAGAAUUCGCAGCUUUAGUCCACUCAAAGAGCCCCUCACCAUCCAGGUCCUGACGGUGGGCCAUGCCCUCCGACCUAAGAUUAAGUACACCUAUUUCGUCAAGAAGAAGAAGCAGGAACCGUUCAACGCCAUCCCCACUUUCUCUGAGUGGGUCAUUGAGGAGUGGGGCGAGUGUUCCAAGUCUUGUGGUCAGGGUUGGCAGAGAAGACUGGUGGAGUGUCGAGACCUUAAUGGGCAGCCAGCUUCUGAGUGUGCCAAGGAAGUGAAACCAGCCAGCACACGGCCUUGCGCCGACCUGCCUUGUCCACGAUGGCAGCUUGGGGAAUGGUCUCCUUGUUCCAAAACUUGCGGGAAGGGUUACAAAAAGAGAACCUUGAAGUGUCUGUCCCACGAUGGGGGGAUAUUGUCCCCUGAGAGUUGUGACCCUCUAAAGAAGCCCAAACAUUACAUAGACUUUUGCACCAUGGCAGAAUGCAGUUAGGCAGUGACGGGGCAAGGGAAGGGCUGCGACACUAAACUCAACAAGUCUGGGGGCGUCCAGUGAACCCUGUCAGUGAACACUUGAGGUGUAUUGACAAGGGGGGAUGUAGAGGUAGCUUGAAAAGAUGUUAAGUCAUCAGCACCUGUCACACCUGUGAUAGGGUAGGGGAUGGAUGGUGAUUAUUAAUCUCUGAGUAAUGAUAUAGCAUGAUAAGGCCCCCCUGGGCAUUACUAUUUCUUUGUUACAUCUAGGACAAGUUUAAAAAAAUAAGAAUCAUGGUCAGAAAUAGAUUUAAGUAAUGCUAUUAUCCCUGUUUUCUGGUACCAGUUAAAUACUUUUUUUUUUUUUUUAAUUUUUUAAUAGUAUAGGGGUUGGGAAAUGAAAAAGGCAAGGGAGAUUUUUUAGUCUUAAAACGGGGCUUACUUUACCUCACUAACAAUAGAGAAAGAAGAGCACACUUAGGCUCAUGACUGGCCACUGCAGUUUCAGAAAAGGUGCUUUACCACCUUCCACAAAACUCAGGAUAACCUGACAGGAGAGAAGAGAGUAGGGUUUAGCCAACUCAAGUGACUCAGCUUUGUCUGUUUGGGCUAUUUUUUGUGCCUUUGCGAGUUCAUUUUAACAUAGAGACAAUAGCAUGAAAUUGUAAAAGUCUAGUCAGUCAACACUAAGAAAAGGCAGUGACAUCCCCAUCAGAAACUGGGACAAAGUCAAUGUAGUGUGAACUCAGUAUCUCCAACCUUUCUUUGCAUGUCAAUCUAACAAUGGGUGUCCCAAGAUAGCAAGCUAACAGGAGAAAACACUUCAGAGAGGGGAGUCAUGCUGGCUCUAGAAUGGGGUAUGCAGGACAGUCCCUGGUGUCUGGGGUCAGUGAGGUCACUUGGCUCAAGGUGGGGAGGUUUCUGAGGGGGUGUAGCGGGUCCAUCUCCAGCAACUGGCCCAAGGGUCAUAUCCUGGCAAAUGUGUCUAGCUCUUCCACCAUGAAAGAGAAUACAACUUUCCAUAUGUAUAUAGUAAAAUAUGUUACUAUAACUGUUAUUUACUUCAUAAGUAUUGGUUUGUGUCUUCCUUCCAAGAAGGACUCUAGUUGUAAUAAAUGCCUAUGAUAACAUAUUUAUUUUUAUACAUUUCUUUCUAAUGAUAAAACUUAAGUUAUCGCUUUUGUAAAAGAGCAUAUAAAAUAGAGUAUUUAUACAAUAUAUGCUACUAGAAAUAAUAAAACAACACUUUUUGAAUGUG